GACUCGUGCUUCUCCUCUGCGCGGCGCCUGUCACCAUGACUUCAGCGGCGUUCGAGGUCGCGGAUGCGGAUAUCAAGAAAUUCGUUCCCGCAACCUCAUCGAAAUCAUCAUUCUACAGUGCUCUGGUGGUGGCGUCGUACGAAUCGCAGGGGACCGUGAUCGUGCAAAUGCCUCCCAACACGGGCCUAUUCCCGGUUGUCCUCCGCGUGAUCAUGGCGGGAAGCGCCGACCCGCCAACGGACGUCUCACUGGACGGCACCUCUCUGGCGUCGGACGCCAGUCAGUGGAAGCUGGUCGCGCCGGGAGUGUGGGACCUGACUAGGAGUCUCGACUGGACGACCACUGCUCUAGGGAGCACCUUGACUGGUGCUGGGGCCGAAGUGUCGCACGCGGAUGUGAACGGCAAUGCGGUGACCGCGUCAGGAUCGCUGGCUAAGAUCGGUGCUCUUGAUACUGGCCUUGCAGUGCUGCCAUCCAUGUCAGGCGGCCGAUUCCAAGCCAUGUUCUCCGGCGCCGUCGCAGGGGGAGCCAAGAUCCGGAUCGCCACCAGCACGUGA